UGCUGGAAAUCAAACCUGGGUCUUCUGGAAGAGCAGCCAGUGCUCUUAACUGCCUAACCAUCUCUUCAGCCCCAGGAAUGGCCUUCUUGAGAAGCUGUAACCAGAGCCAGAAGGGACGCACUCACGCUGCCCAGGGGUUUUUGGGAUCUCCUAAGGGAAGCACUGAGCCUCUCCCCUGUGUCUGCCUGAUGGAAUGCAGGCUGCUCUUUGCAUUGUGGACCGAGCCACAUAGCUAUUCUGCAGGUAGUGUUCCCUACUAGGUAGGUAGUCACUCCUAUGUGCCAUUUGUCAUGUACUUCUCCCAAAGCCACUGGAAAAUCAAACUUGAGGUAUGAUCAGGCUCAGGGCACUCAGCUUCAUCCAAUCCACACAGUCCCAAGACUAAUUUUGCCAUCUCCCCACCACAGGGUAGCACAACUGGCUUUCCCAGCUCUGCCUUCCUAUUUCCUUCUCUGGAGAUUCUAGUUGUUACUUUGUGCUUCAAAAUGAAUCGAAAGGCGUGGUCACCUUCCUCUCAACACCCCUCAGCAGGUUGCCAGAAAGGAUGUGGCUGCCUGUGCUAGAGACUGUCCAGUUUACCCAUCCUUUGAAGUCAGGCUGUCUGCAGGGUAAACUGUGGUUGUCUCAAAGACUUCAUUCUGAAGCCAGAAAUACCAACCUCUCUGAAAUGUGACGGCACAAAAAGUUAGGGCAGGGGGUACUUGCUCUUUCAUGUCCCAGAAGUGAAAAGUGGCCUGCCCAAAGUGCCUGGGCAUCAUGUGGCUUUAGGGGCCAGCCAUGGCAUAGACUCUCAGGCCACCACAGUCAUGGCCCUGCCCACCCCAUCAGACCUGGGGCCCUUUUCAGCUAUAAGCAGAAUAAGGCCUAUGAAUGUGGUAGUGUGAGCCCUUCUGUGAGGCUUGGGACAUUCAGGGCACCCAGAGUCACUUUCUCAUGCUAUAUAUCAGUAACACAGUACACGUGAGGGUGUGAGCACAGUUUGUGAAACAGGCCCACCAGUUUGAAAGUGGUUUGGCCAGAUCUACUAAAACUGAAGAUUGACCUCAUGCCUGCAUUGUUCCAUUGGUAGGUAUCAUUUAGCAUAAGCACAUGCCUGUGUCUGCUGGUGAUAUCCUGUGAGAUCUACCAACAGCACUGAUCAGGAUAAGGUUGGCCACAAGCUGCCAAAUGUCCAGCAUGAGUCAUUCACAUAAUGGACACUAGACAACCUGAAUGCUUUAGUUACCCAAAUAACAAGGGGGCUCUUAGUGUGAACAAAGAGUAUAAAUGGGAAGAUUCUAUUUCAUGUAAUGUUCCAAGAUAGACAAAAUUGAUAGUGCUGAGGCCAGGAAGGCCCAACGUAAUGGGUGUAAGUUAUAUUUUAUUGAUUUUGGGAAAGUAGUUCUGACCAUGCUCAAUUUGGAGUGUGUCACUUUUAUAUUUGUCAUUUACUGCAGGGUUGAGUGAAAGCAAAAAGGUAAGUACAAAAUCCAGAUGUAAGAAAUGACUAACAUUUGUUAGUGGAUGCUCACAUAGUUCAUGUGUGCUUUCACAGUGGCUGUGAAAGGUAUGCAUGCACCUUAUGACCAGAGGUUGCCAGAGUAGGCAAGAGAAAGAACAGACUCAGCUGGGAGUGGUGGCUCACACGUUUAGCUCUGUUUUGGGCCAGCCUGCUCUACCAAGUGAAUUCCAGGACAGCCAAGGUUAUAUUAUAAUGAGGCCCUGUCUCCAGAAAAAAAAAACAAAAAACAAAAAACAAGAGUGGGCUUUUAACACUGGUAUCACAAACACUGAAUGUGCAUUCCAGCUAAUUCCUGCCUCUAACUCUACUGCUGGCUUUCCUACCUUAUUUUCUUCACCUGUAUGUGGAAGGGAGCAUAUUUUGCGGAUGAGAAGGUUCCAUGGAGAAAGUCCAGCAGCAGCUAGAGGUGGGUUGAUACCACCCCUGCUUGCUGUUCUGACCACUAUGAAUAGUCACAUGCCCAGCUGCUGGCCCACAGAGGCUGGAGACAGAAGUCUGCCCUGAUGUGGUUUCUGGCUCCAGGGCUGGCAUGUGUCCCACAGCGGAAAUGGGGUUUCUCAAGGGAAGGGUUGUGCUGCGGGGAGAGGAGGGAUCCAUGAGCAUGAGAGACGAUGUGACUAAAGAAUGCUGGUGGAUGGCCUCAGGACCCCCUCUAGUCAGUCAGCUCCCAGGAAGUGACAGCUUCCUGCCACACCCAGAACUGUAGCUAAAGGAAGCUUUAGCAAGGUUGGGGCCUUGAGGGACAUGGAGUGCCACUGGCCCUGCCAGAGCUCAUCUGAGCCCAUUGGUAUAGGGCUCUUGUCUACCUGAGCCCUGCCUGUAAUUCCUGCAGUUACCACUGAUACUGAAAAUUCUCGGUCUAUCCAGCCUUAAAUUCAAGCUACCUGGAAUUCAGUGGCUGAGUUGGUGACAUGUGUACAUGUCCUCUGUUUCAGAUAGAAGUGUCACUGCUCUUGGCAUGCUUCUAAUUGAGAAUGGUGGUGAGGGUGGGAGAUAGGGGUGCCUAGUUCACACCCUGUGAUUGCCCAAGGCAGAGCAGCAUAGCAGAGGGAGGAGGUUGAGGACAACUCAAGAAAGUGACUUAGAGAUAGGUUUGGAGAUUUAGGCAGGGCUACACCUAGGGCAGGUCCUGAAAGGGAUUUGGCAAGUUGACAGGGACUUUGAACACAAAGGGAGAUGCAGUACCCUGUGUUAGAGUCUGGAGUUAGGUUUUCCAGUUUCUCAGUGCAGCUUAUGCCCCCUAGAGGCAGUCCAGGGUGCUGGGGCACAUGCCCAUCAUGUGGCCACCCUCAGGGAGAGGGGCUCUGGGAAUGAGUUAAAAGAUUCAGAGAAAGGCUCCAUUCUUCCCCUACCCUUGCUUGGGGGAACAGGGGGCCAAGUUUAGAAAUGUUUAUCUGAGUCACUUCCUGGGAAGAGCAGGGAGAGCAGCAGAAGGCUAGGCUCUGUCACACUGGUAGUGAGACUCCAUGAGCAGAACUCAGGGCUUUAGCCAAGAAGCGUCUAGAGUCGACCUGUGCCAUGCCUAGACUGACCUGUCCAGCCAGAAAGGGCAAGUGUGAAGAAAAACUGGAGAGUGCCCAGAUGGAAAGAGGCAGGUGUGAGGACCAUCAGAAACCCCUGAUGACACCAUGAGCUGAGUAGGACGCAGGAAGGCUGAUACCACCUGGAGCUGAAGCCUCCACUGACUGUUUCCUACUUCCUGGACAAGACUAUGCCCACUCAGGGGCCCCAGAAGAGGCUUCUGGGUUCUCUCAACUCCACCUCCACAGCCACCCCUCACCUUGGACUGGCCACCAACCAGACAGGGCCUUGGUGCCUGCAGGUAUCUAUCCCGGAUGGCCUCUUCCUCAGCCUGGGGCUGGUGAGUCUGGUGGAGAAUGUGCUGGUUGUGAUAGCCAUCACCAAAAACCGUAACCUGCACUCACCCAUGUAUUGCUUCAUCUGCUGUCUGGCCCUGUCUGACCUGAUGGUGAGUAUAAGCAUCGUACUGGAGACUAUUGUCAUCUUGCUGCUGGAGGCAGGGGCCCUGGUGACCCGGGCUGCUUUGGUGCAACAACUGGACAAUGUCAUUGACGUGCUCAUCUGUGGCUCCAUGGUGUCCAGUCUUUGCUUCCUUGGUGUCAUUGCCAUAGACCGCUACAUCUCCAUCUUCUAUGCACUGCGUUAUCACAGCAUUGUGACACUGCCCAGGGCACGACGGGCCAUCGUGGGUAUCUGGGUGGCCAGCAUCUUCUUCAGCACCCUCUUUAUCAUCUACUACAAUCACACAGCCGUCCUGAUCUGCCUUGUCACUUUCUUUCUAGCCAUGCUGGCACUCAUGGCAGUUCUGUAUGUCCACAUGCUCACUCGAGCGUGCCAGCAUGCUCACGGGAUAGCCCAGCUCCACAAAAGGCAGCACUCCACCCGCCAAGGCUUCUGCCUUAAGGGUGCUGCCACCCUUACUAUCCUUUUGGGAAUUUUCUUCCUAUGCUGGGGCCCCUUCUUCCUGCAUCUCUCACUUAUCGUCCUCUGCCCUCAGCACCCCACCUGCAGCUGUGUCUUUAAGAACUUCAACCUCUUCCUCAGUCUCAUCAUCUUCAGCUCCAUCGUUGACCCCCUCAUCUAUGCUUUUCGAAGCCAGGAGCUCCGCAUGACACUCAGGGAGGUGCUGCUGUGCUCGUGGUGAGCACAGAGGUGACUUUUGGUCUCAUGGCCAGGGUGCUAGGCAGAGGGUGACAACGAUAUCCAGUAGCCUGUAUCCUGUGAGACCACAGCUACUAUCGUCCCUUUCUGAUCUCCAUUUGUCCAGAGGUGGACUAAAUGAACUUUAAAAUAGAGACACAAACUGCCUGGGACCAGGAAAAAGGGUAAAUGUGACUGCAGGGGUCAUCCAGGAUAGCUGUGGGAAAUGGAAGAAGCCGGGGGUGGGGAUUCUAGCUCUAGGCAAGGGUCAGACCACAUGCUCCUGAAGAGGCGGUCCCUACCUCCGCAGAGCUUCACCUCUACCUACUGACUGGGCACCCCCCACCCAGCUCUUCAGGUCACUCAGACUGGGCCCUCUAUUACUGGGAUGUCUGAAUUGAAAGAAUGACAAGAGCCAUGCAGGAGUGCUCCUACUGGUGAGGGCUUCUGGAAGGGGAAUUCGUGACCAGGAAAAUCCCAGCCAUAACCAUGCGGUAGGCUGCUUAAACAAGUGAGGCCCGUCCUCAUUAAAGGACCAGAACUGCAGAAUGUGCAUCUUGCAUGAGAGAUCUGCCCAUUUGCAUUGGGGAAGAGGGACUGACCUAAAGAGUAAUUGUAGCCUUUAAUCUCAGCACUCAGCUGAUAGAAUCCCAGCACCUACUCGGCAGGUGACUCUUGGUGAGUUCAUCUACAAAAUGAGUUCCAGGCCAGCCAGGGCUGUUACACAGAGAAACCCUGUCUCGAGAAAAAAAAAAAUGUAUGGCUCAUGGGAAUUCCAAAAGGUGAGGACCCAACUGCUCACCUCCAACAGGCUACGUCAGCAAGUGCCUCUGGCCUAUUAGUGACCACAGGCUGUGGUUCUGAGCCAGAAAGCAGUUGAAAUAUUAAACUCAGGUAGAGCCUCAUCACUAUCUUCCUAAACUCUGUCCAGAAGUUGCUUGAAGUUUGUGUGGGAAAGGGGUAGGGAGAGCAGUCAGGAUAGGAAGAAGGGAGUCUCAGAAGCCACAGCUGCCUGCCUGAAUUAGGAAUCCACAGCCUGGAAGCACACCAAGUAUCCUCAUCGGGCCCUCUUGGCUUACUCUACGAACUCCAGAAAAGCAAGGGGCUGCAGGUUCAAAAGCCUCCACUUACUCUGUGGUGACGAGAUUGUCGAGGCUCCUCUCAGUGCAGCCAUGCACUGCAGCAGGACAGCAGAGUCUCAGCCCCGGAUAUAACCCAUCUGUAACCUUGGCCAGAGCCUGCCCCUUUCCUGGCCUCAUUCCUGUAGCACCUUCAGCCAUGGCCUACAAGGAGCUGCCCUGAGGAGCCUAUAGUAUAGGAUAGGCCAGGCCAGAGGUUGGGAUCUGUUUCUACCCAACACUGCCCUUCUGGGAGGGGGUGGUGGUGGCAGUGCUCUGCCAGUCUUGGGAGGUAUUUAGAGUAGAUCUCUCAGGAUAGAGGAGGAUGCCUAGGAGCUCAUCAAGGGUAUCUGAGUGCCUGGGAGUGGCACAUGGGGUGUACUACAGUUCUUGCUGCUGUGUAAUGGGCAGAUCCCCAAGCUCUUCUACUGCUGCAACCUGGAAUUCCUACUGCAGAGUCUGUCUUGGGUCCCCCAGGAUGCUAAACACGCCACUGUCCUCCUUCCUGGGGUGGCCUCACUCUGAACUAAUAUGCCCUCAACCACCUCUAAGACUGGAAGUGGCAUCAAGCCAGACCCUAGCCACACUAUCAGCUCCAGCCCUGCUGGACUGAGGUUGGAAGCUGGUUCCCGGCAGGGCCAGCCUUUGCUGGAAGAUAGGACCAUGAGUCAGCCUUUAUCCUGGCACCAUUAUUCUCUGGGGACACCGGGAGCUGGCCUAGCCUGAUGUCAUCUGACAGGGAGGCAGUCCAGACUUCAGGAUGCUUCCAAGCAUCUUCCCUGUCCAGACAAGGAGACAGAGCCAGAUGCUCACCCAGGACUUCUUGAACCAGGCCAGCUGGAAACCAACUACAGAAAGCCACAUCAUGGACACAUUGUGGGGGAGGGGCAUGCCUUGAGAACAAAAGACCCAUUUCUAAACUCAGCUAACUCAGAAGCUUAUCCUCAGAGAGGACUUGUGUGCCCAGCCACUCUAUCCAGCACGCCCAUGCAAACUGGACAAAGGCAUUGGCAGAUGGUUUUUAGCUGCCCUUGUGAUAUGAAUGUUGUUUUGGACCAUGCAUUUGUGGUAGUACUGUCUCAAUCUUUCAGAAGAAUUUCUGUCAUUGAAAUAUCAAAAGGUCCUCGUAAGAUGUCGCUGACCCUAUAUGAAUAUUAAAUCAGUGUUGUAUGUGAA